UGUCACACUAGACCGCGGUGCAAAAGCAGAGUUCGGUCAGGACGCAGGUCAGAGCUGAAUCCUGCCUGCAGUCAGACCAGAGAGAGUUUGAAAUGGACACAGACAAACCUCAGCGACAGUUCUCUGAAAAUUACUCUGAGGUCACGGUUAGCUCAAGUGCAGGAAAUUGCUUUUAACAAGAGAGAGAGACCUGAGUCCAGACUCUUUCUGUUUGUGACAAAGAGGUCUUCUCAAAAUGAAUUCACCUCUUUGAAUUUCACCUUAUUGGAUGCAGAUGUACAAAUUAGUUCAAGAAAAGAUUCUGGGACAUCUGAGAGUGGCCGAGGACUGGUGAGACCAUACCCUUCAUCAUCCCGCAGGAGACACCGAACUACCUUCAGCAAUGAGCAGCUGGAACAGCUGGAGCUAGCUUUCAGACAGAACCACUAUCCUGAUAUCUGCUACAGAGAGGAGCUCGCCAACAAACUCAACGAGGCUCGCAUACACGUAUGGUUUCAGAACCGGCGAGCCAAGCAGCGGAAGCAGGAUCGUAUCCGUCACAAAGUGCUGCCGGUGGGAAUGGUGGCAGGACGAGGGUCUCUCUUCAGCAGCAUGUGUGUGGGCCCUCAUUCACUGCCACACGUCCCCCGAUUCUCCUCAGGGCUGCCCCUGGAGGAUACCCCCCAGCCGUCCUCCGGCUCUGCUCCGUCUCAUGCCACCAGACAGCAUGAAGACUACAAUCAGCUCCACAGCAUCGGACCAGCCUCCACAUCAGUGCUCUCACUGCAAACCACUAGUCACUGGAACUAGAGGAAGAGCUGUAAACACUGCUGUUUUACAUUUACACAAGAAGGUACAGUCCAAAGGAUAAAGCUUUUCAGUGACAAAAGAAAGAUUGGCGUUUUCUGUCUUUAUUUGCAGUCACACAGAACAUAUUCUCUGAA